UCGCCGCAUCGAUUCGUUACGAGAUAAUUGCUCCGUGGUAUUUUAAUAAAUGAUAUAUAAAUAUUGUCGCGUGUGAUCGAGUGAAGAUAGAGUGAGGCUCUGUCGUGUUGGAAUUCAUGGGCCAUGAACUGCGCGUACUACCAGCAGCCAGGGGGCUCGCACCCCGCACCGCACAAUGCCAACAAUAAUUACUUCAAUGAGGUUAGUAUCGAAUCUGCGGACCACAAGGACAUGAAGAUUUUAGAACACCCGAGUCUGCGCGGCACGCCGCUGGCAAUGCUCGCGGCGCAAUGCAACAAACUCUCCAGUAAAUCUCCUCCGCCGCUGGCUGACGCGGCCGUUGGCAAGGGCUUUCACCCAUGGAAGAAAAGUCCCGGCACCCACUCGCCCCCCGGCGCCGGAUCCGGGCCACGUUCUCAGCCCCCGGCCUGCGCCCCAUACGCCCGCCCGCCAACCUCCUGUGCUGCCGCGCCAUCCUACGGAAACGACCUUUACUUUCCCUCGUCCGGAGAUCAGCUACUAGGCAAAAGCGAAUCUAGCGCAAGUCUCGGCUCGAUGUACUCGAGGCACCCUUACGAGUCCUGGCCCUUCAAUGUGGGGGGAGGCGGCGGCGGCGGCGCGCUGAAGGCCGCGGAUAUGGGAGGCGUCGGCGCCGUCGGCGGCACGUGGUGGGACGUGCACGGUGGUUGGCUGGACGUCGGCGGUCAGAUGGCCAACUACGCCGGCCAGGACUACUCGCAACUGACACAUUCCCUGUCGGGCGGUGCCCACCUCCUGCCGCCAGCACCGCACUUGCUGCAAGAUGCGUACAAGUCGGUGCUUCCGACGCAGGGCUCGUUCGGGCUGCACGGUCCCGGCUCCCCGGCGCCACCCGCGCAAGCGCCGUCUCCUCGCUCGCAGAGGCGAUACGCGGGCCGAGCCACCUGCGACUGCCCAAAUUGCCAGGAAGCGGAAAGGCUCGGGCCCGCGGGGGCGCACCUGCGCAAGAAGAACAUCCACAGCUGUCACAUCCCCGGGUGCGGGAAGGUGUACGGCAAGACGUCUCACCUGAAAGCUCAUCUGCGGUGGCACACCGGUGAGCGGCCGUUCGUGUGCAACUGGCUGUUCUGCGGCAAAAGAUUCACGCGCUCGGAUGAGCUGCAGCGACACUUGCGCACGCACACCGGCGAGAAAAGGUUCGCAUGUCCGGUGUGCAACAAGAGGUUCAUGCGAUCGGAUCACCUCGCCAAGCAUGUAAAGACGCACAAUGGCGGCAAGAAAGGCAGCUCAGAGUCGUGCUCGGACUCGGAGGAGAACAGCCAGGGCGAGGGCGGUGGCGGCGGGCGUUCGCCCGAGCACGUGCUGGACGUGAAACCCGGCGCGCUCGGGUGACGGGAGCGCGCGGCGCUCACCGCCCUCCCGCCGCCGCCCCUGUGAGCUAACCUACGCCCCGCGCCCCGCGCCCUGUACAUAUCGAACCUCUGUAUAGAUUGUAAUUAAAGACUUCGUUUUGACUGGUGUUGCGUCGUGUAUAUUAUAUAUUCGUUGUGAAACUUGAAGUGUACAGUAUAGAUACUAUGAAAUAUUGUCUAUUAUAUAAUUAGAAAUUGUACUGUAACUUAAUUUAAGUAGAAUCACUCUUUUAGUCGAAAAUUACAUGUAAUUUAUUUAAAUAUUGUUAAUAGUUCAACUGGUCCUCAAUAAUUGAAUACCAUCUGUUAAACUAUCUGAACGUGUUUGUUACAUUAUUUACUUAAUUAUAAAGUUUACGUAGAAAUAUAACAAUUUACUGAAAUAUGUACACACAGCUUCAAACUUUAAUUAUAUAUAGACAAAUUGUCACAAAUAAAAGCUGUUGCCAGGAACUUUUCUACGUGUGAUUUUUCAACUACUUUUAGUAUAUAGUAUCAUAGAACCAGUUAAUCAUUAUUUCUCAUCGAUUGCUGCUUAUAAAUUAAUAUUUCGUAUAGGAUGUCAAUCAAAAAAUCUACACCUUGACUUAUUCCUUGCAAACCACUCAAUAUAAGGUGAUUACUGCUAAUUUUUGUAGUAAUAAAAAGGCAUAUGAUUUUUGGAAUAAACCUGACAAAACGUUUUUUCACCAAUUGAUUUCAUUGAAAUUUUUCAUUAUCAAACAAUUAAAUUUACUGUAAAAUAUUAAUUUUAUAAUUGAUUUUUAAAUAUUUAUCUGAAUAAAAAAAUGAAAAGAUCAGUCCAGGAAAGAGGUUGCCGUUUGCAUUCCUGACCAUAAUGGAGGAGAAAGAAAUAAAUAUAUGUUUUUGUUUUUUGGUACCUUUGGUAAAAAUAGGUUCCACUCUUAUUAAGACGUCACCUUUUCUUCUAUCAAUAGCAUACUGUGAUAUUUGUCUAUAUAUGAAUUAGCCUGAUUUUAACGCUAUUAUUUGUAAUUAGUGUGAAGUCUAGAAUCGAUAAAUUGUACAUGAAGGUUAGAAAAUAAUUUACGAUGUAAAAUGUAUUAAGAAAUUGCGGAGACGAGUAAUUUUUUUAUUAUCUCUGAUUUUUUUAACCCCUUGGGUACAUUUGACGUCUGAGACACGUCAUUCACUUUUUUCCCCUAAGAGCGGAUGAUGGUCAAAACAAAAAUUAAACUUUUAUUAUAAUAUAUUAGAAAUAAAUACAUUCUUAAAUGAAAUGCCUUUACGUGCUCCAAGCAACCAAAAAUUAUUUCCAUUCCACAGGCAAAUAUUUUCUCAAAUAAAUCCGUACCCAAGGGGUUAAAAUUGAUUCUAAAUUAUGUGAUUUUGUUCGUUUAUAUUAAAUAUAAUUGUCGAUAAAUUAAUGGAUGAUUUUAUCUGUGUCUAUUGUAUAUGAUAUGUAAUUGUACAAAUUUACGCUAAA